CGCGCCCCGCCCACCAGCCAGCCAGGAGUUUCACAUCAACAAUGACUGUCCUCGCCGACUUCUGGGGAAAACACGGCCUUAUCUCAACAAAUCUCCUGAAAAUAUACUGCGUUUAGCUCUACAUCUUUGAGACAAAGCGGCGUCUUGUAUAAGCCGCCCUCCGCAGGUAUAAGAAUAAGAAGAAAAAUCAUCCAGACGAGAAACCAGGAGAAGUGAACCGUGGGUUUGUUUGCGAUGGCUGGAGGAAGGAGAGGGGCAAAUCGUACCACGUAUUGUAGACCUCCUUUAAGCAGUGAUCAGGGCUCUGUCAGCAAUGGCAACCACACCACCAGCUCACCAGUCACAGGGGUGAGAUCCCGUACAAGGAAUGGCUCAGGAACAUGCAUGUCCAGUCCACCACUCGCUGCCCAAACGGUUGUUCCUCUGAAGCACUGCAAGAUCCCGGAUUUGUCUGUGGAUCGAAAUGUGUUGUUCGAACUCCACCUUUUCUUCUGCCACCUCAUUGCUCUUUUUGUCCACUACGUCAAUAUCUACAAGACUGUGUGGUGGUACCCCCCAUCGCAUCCUCCCUCACACACAUCACUGAACUUUCAUCUUAUUGAUUAUAACAUGCUGGUGUUCACAGUCAUCAUACUGGCGAGGAGGUUAAUUGCAGCUAUUGUAAAAGAGGCAUCACAGAGUGGGAAACUCUCCUUCCCUCACUCAAUAUUUUUAGUGAUGGCUCGAUUUGCAGUGCUAACGCUGACUGGCUGGAGUUUAUGUCGCUCCCUCAUUUACCUCUUCAGAAGUUAUUCUGUCCUCAGCCUGCUCUUCCUAUGCUACCCAUUUGGGAUGUAUAUUCCAUUCUUCUGGCUGAGCUGUGACUUCCGGCGAGCAGGUCCUCUCUCCCCCAUCGCCAGCAUCGGCUCCAAAGAGGUUGGCAGCAUGAGCCGAGGAAGGGACUACCUGACCGUGCUGAAGGAGACGUGGAAGCAGCACACCAGCCAGCUGUACGGGGUCCAGGCCAUGCCGACUCACGCCUGCUGUCUCUCACCAGACCUCAUCCGCAAGGAGGUGGAGUACCUGAAGAUGGACUUUAACUGGAGGAUGAAGGAGGUGCUUGUCAGCUCCAUGCUCAGUGCUUACUAUGUCGCGUUUGUACCUGUAUGGUUUGUAAAGAGUACCCAGUAUGUGGAUAAGCGGUGGUCUUGUGAGCUCUUCAUACUGGUGUCAGUCAGUACAUCGGUCAUCCUCAUGAGGCAUUUGCUCCCGCCCCGAUACUGCGAUCUGCUUCACAAAGCUGCAGCUCACCUCGGCUGUUGGCAGAAAGUCGACCCCUCACUCUGCUCCAACGUUCUUCAGCACAUAUGGACUGAAGAGUACAUGUGGCCACAGGGAGUCCUGGUAAAGCAUAAUAAGAACGUCUAUAAGGCCAUGGGCCACUACAAUGUUGCAGUUCCAUCAGAUGUUUCUCAUUAUCGCUUUUAUUUCUUCUUCAACAAGCCUUUACGAAUAUUAAACAUACUCAUCAUCCUAGAAGGUGCCAUGAUAUUCUACCAGCUUUACUCUCUGAUAUGCUCAGAAAAGUGGCAUCAGACAAUAUCGCUGGCCCUGAUUCUCUUCAGCAACUAUUACGCCUUCUUCAAGCUCCUCAGAGACAGAAUAGUCCUCGGAAAAGCAUACUCGUACUCAAACAGCUCAUCAGACCAAAAAGUCAGUUAAGGCUUCACUCAUAAGUUGGUCAAUCUCACUCUGGAGCAAAUCAAACAUGCCUAAGAGCCCUGUAUUUUUUUUUCUUUUCUACAAACUGCAUUUUGUGUCACAUUUUUGUUGUAAACUGCCAUAAUAAAAGAAAUAUUUUUGUAUUACUU